UCCUACCUGCUCAGCCCACGCGACGUACCGCCCAGGCUCUCAUUGCAACCCACUGGUCAGUCGCUGCGUCCUUUUAUGGUAAUCGUGCAUUCACCUUCUUGUUUCUCUUUGAGCCCCUCGGCUACAGCCGUCGCCAUCUCCUGGCCAUAGCCAUUUCCCGGCUGUAAUUACGAUACUUCUUCGCUCUCUUCUUCCUCUCUAUCUCACUCGAGGGGGAGCUAUUUUCCCCUUAGUUAUAGCGUUGCAAUUCUUUCCAUCAUUCCUUUACCUUCCAGUCGUGUCUUACAGAUUAAUUUAUUUUUGAUUUCUGCCGAGACUGGGGUGCCGGCUCUGUAUUCUUUGUCUGACAGAGUUGGGGUUUUGUAAGCAUUGCAAGCUAUGCGGCGGUUCAUUUCGUAGUUUUAGGUUUUUGGAGGUAUAUGGGAAUAGUUGGAAAUUUGAGCGGGAUAUGAGCUUUCGGGAUGCCAAUGAGCGAACCCUGAACUUAUAGCAUAAGCAGAGUCGCUGUUCUUCGUCGAGUCGAUAGGACGUUUUUGUUGAUGGUAUGUUUGGACGAGGUUAUUCUAUGACGUUUCUGUAGUGCCGAUUUUCAGGAUGCUUGAAGCGCUGCCGUGUUGUUGGAAUGUUUCUCAAGGGUUUGAGUGGUAAUGCUUCCACGGGGCCAUUUGAUAUUUUUUACUUGAUCGAGCAGUUGUUUCUUGCGCAUUCGAGGUGUAAUAUGUGGUCAUAGAUUUCAAUCGUGCCCAUUCAUUUGAAGCGGCUGAUUGUUAGGGCUCCCUUUGUAAUAGAUGGUGCUGUAUACGGGGAUUUUGUUUUCAUCUACGGAAGGAUAGAAUAUGCGGCCGCUUGCGAUGUUGUGGACCACAGCCUUAUAGAUCUCCUUAGCGGUAACGUGACGGAAGGGAUUUCAAGCAUGUCGUUACUCGCCAUGGAUACGUCUAGUUUGUUCGAUCCCUUUGAAUUUCCUCCUGAGAUAGACCUGGUGCCUCCGAAGCCGGAGCCAAGGUUCAGAGAAAAAUUGGAGAUCAAGACUCCGAGGCAUCAAGAUCAUCAUCUGAAGGCAAUGAUGGUUGCAAGAGAGUUCGAAUGCAAAAGCCGAGAAUUUUUGGAUAUGAAGCCUCGUUUGCACGAUGUGCAGCCCAAGAUGCAGAUGAUCGAGACACCGUCUUCUACGACUGCUCCAGCCCCUUCGGAUUUGCAAAGUGCGCGUCAAAAGUUGCGUGAUGCCUUGACUUCUGCCUUGGAGAUGGUCGUCAGCAAACAGUUAGUGAAGAGUGUCUUGGGUGUGGGUGUGGAUGCGCAAGUGGAAUCUGGAGAUGAGCAGAAGUUGUCCACAUUGGAAGGUUAUCAACUGGCUAGUUUGUCACAGGAAAUUGGGAGUCCAGCUAAGAGUGGUCAGGUUGUUGACUCGCUUGUUGUCGAUUUAGGCCCUUUAGAAACUGAAUCUACGAGUAUAGAUUCAAUUGAAGUGUCAGCUUCGGAAUUUGUCACCAGUGGAGGUGACUACAAAUUGAAUUUUGACCAUGUAAGUUUCGGCUAUGGAGAAGAUCUUGAAGAGUCGCCUCUUAAGAAGUUGAAGACAGACUUUGGCCAGUUUGAGUUUGGUCACAGAAAGUUAGAAAUUGAGGAGAAGGAGGGCAGAGUAGCAGUAGAGGAUGUAAAAGGAGGUCUUCAUAUUAUGGACCAAGCAAGAAAACUUGCUACUGAUAUUGAAGCUGAGUUAUUUAAGCUUUAUGGGUCGAAGAAGACGUACAACCAAAAAGCUCGUUCUCUUCUGUUUAAUCUGAAAGACAAAAGUAAUCCCGAGCUCCGGGCAAGAGUGUUUUCCGGGGAAAUUCCUCCUGCAGACUUAUGUCGUAUGAGUGGUGAACAGCUGGCGUCUAAGGAGCUUUCAGACUGGCGGAAUGCCAAAGAACAAGCCCUUGAUAAAAUGCUUGUCCUCACUGAUGCUGGAAAGGUUGUCAAAAAGACGCACAAGGGGGAGUUUGUUGUGGAUGUCGAGAAUGAGAGUACUGUGGACAUUAUCCCUACUUUUACUCGAUCAGUAUUUCCCGUUAGCAAAGUAGAGGAGAAGGCUGAGCAGGAUGUCUCUGCACAAACGGAAGGUCAUGUCCAGCAUUCACAAAACAAGUCCAAGUAUGGCAUGUCACCUUCACUCAAACGAAAUAGGUCAGAGGAGAUUGACCGUGUAGCAGUGGAUGAAAAACAUACACUGGAUGAGAAAAAUGUCAGCGAUAUGGCACAGCGUGUGUUGGUCGCAACAGAGACAGUCUUGCCAACCAUAUUGUCACUCGAUGAGUAUAUGGAAGCUCAAGACGGGGAAGGGGUACAGGAGGAUGUGUUUGAAGAUGCACCCAUUGAACCAAGGGAUAUCUCGAAACCUAAUCGCGUGGCGGAAUUGGCGGAAGAAAUGGGGGUCCGUGAUAGUAUUGAUCCAUCGAGUGCUAAUCCUGAAGUCACUGAAGAUCGUAGUCCAGCUUUGAAAAUUGUCAGGACUCAGGACGUGAGUCCAAGAAUGAAAUCUAUGAGCAUCCGGGAUGGGAGUCCAGGUCGGAAAUCUAGUGAGGCAGCGGAGGGCCUCGUCAAGGAACAGAGCGAUACUGUUAAGAACGACGAAGCUACAAUGGCCUGGACGGGUCAGAUUCAAUUAAGCAGUAGUCGUCAGUCUCCAUUGGCUAUCAAGCACCGAAGUGGGGAGAAAGUAGAUUUGAAGAGUUGGCCGAAAUCACUUGAGUUAAAGGGAAGGGUGAGAUUAGCGCAUUUGGACAAAUUUCUUCAGGAAUUGCAGCAGUCCCGGUCACGCGCAGUCACGGUGACCUCUGUUAUUGUGCAAGACGGGCAUUCAGAUCAGGCAGGCGCUACUGAUCAUGUUCAGGAGAUCGCAAGUCAGUAUCAAAUGGGAGACAGAGUUGGCUUUAUCGAGCCUCGUUCCGGUUACGAACUCUAUUUGUUACCACCUGGCAGCGGCACCACCAAACUCCUCAGCGACCAUGGGCACUCGUCAACUGAAGCACUUGGGAAGGACGUAGUGUUAGUGGGUGUUAUUGUGUGGCGUAGGAGCCACUUGUCGUCUUCUUCUAGGCCUGCUGACCGUAACAAUAUUGUAAAGAGACAUGCGGUUGCAUCUUCAACUCAUGAUUCCGUCUCCAAGAGUAGUCGUGCUGGGGUUGAUACAUCAAAAGAGCCAAGCAGUGACCCUAGAACAAAGUCGCGUGGCGGGAUUAAUGUAAGCUCUGCUUUAUCAUCAAUGCAUGUCCCUAAAUUCCCAGUUGAUUCACCUACGAAAGAAGAUCCCUCACCUUCACGUGUUAGGAACUGGCCGCCUUCCACUAAUACAACCUCUAAUACAAAUGUGCUGAAGUCUCGCCAUAUUACUCCUACACCUGCUGAUGCAACCACUGAUUUGCCCCCGGGUUUCUCUGUCCGGCAGACACCUCUCCCUGAACGUAGCGUUUUUAUUGCGUCUAGACCCCACCUGGACCCUAGAUUGCCCGCUCAUAAAAAGGACCCUAGACCUUCUCAGUCUCCUGUGGACGUUCCUUCAGGAUUCUGGCCACGGCCCCCUCAAAAUAUGCUAGCCCGGCGACCUAUCUCUGAAGAUGAUGAUGAUGAUCUUCCUGAAUUCGAUUUUAGUGUUCAUACUGUUGGGGCUAACAACCCUCCUUCCCCUAGGCAGUUUUCAGGCCCCGGCACAUCUCUUAAUUCCGAGUCUCCCCAUCUCUCUCAUUUCCCCCCUCGUCAGAGUCCUGCUAUAGUAUCCGAUCAGAGUGCUCUUCCUCUCAACGCAGAGUGUUUCUCUGGGUACCCCUCUAGGCCUAAUGGUCCUCUUCCCCCUCCCCAGGACCCUGCUUCUUUCCUCCCUAGGAACUCUUCUUAUUACAGUGCUGUUGGUACUGGAGCUGCCCCCUUAUCUGGAGAUGGUCAUCUUGAGGUUGACUUAAGGCCCUCACCACAUGAAUUGCUGAGAGUAGCUCCAGGACCUGGCAGUCGAGGACAGCAAGCCAUGUUAGGCCAACCAGGGCCUUUGCCACAGCCAUCUGUUCAACAUUAUGGGGCUCCUAUCCAAGGGGUUCACGGUGCUCCAUUGGCUACUCCCAUUCCUAGGAAUGAUUUAUCAGAGUGGCACCCUUCGACGCAGUUCCAGAAACGGCCUUCUGCUCUGUUUGAGAAUGAUCCUCGUCACGUUGUCGCUGGUCCUGCUGCUCGCCAGCCUCCGCACUUCGACACUGCAACACUUGGUGGUGCUCCCCCUCCACCCUUGGCACAACCUCAGGACUUAAGCUGGCCCCCUCCCCAGCAGCAUCAUCAACAAGCUCAUCAGCAAGCGCCUCCCACGUUAUUGCCGCCUCCGCCUAUGCCUCUUCCUCAGUACCUGCAACAGCCAGAGCAGUCUCGUGGGUACUUCCAACCUCAACCCCAACCCCAGUGGCAGCAGCAGCACUCCAACCACUUCCAACUUCAACCUCAGCAUCAACCUCAGCAUAUGGCUGUACGGCCCACGGAUCCCAGAGGUGCUCCUUUCAUCAACAGCUGGGAGUCUCAUGCUCCUCCUUGGGACGCAGCAGGAGCAAGGAGCAGCAACAGCAAUGUUAGCACUGAGAAUCCUAGAGAUGAUAGGAGUAGUGGUGAACAUCGUAUGAAGGAUUCUCGUUCUACCGAUCAGCUCUCGUGGCAUGAACGAGAGCGGGAUUCCAAUGGUGCAAGGCCUGAUUAUCGGCGAAGGUAGACUGAUUAUCAAUCAAUUUAGUGCAGAGCACCGAUCAACCCUUCCCUCUUAGUUUGUACAACGUAAUUUUGCAAAGCUAGUGGAAACAUAUCAAAUUCUGUUUUCAUGAUUGGAAUCUUUUUUCUUAAGGAUUACAGUGCAUGCAGACUUCAUAAGUUUGGUACAGCAGCUGUUAGCUUGGAAAGUAAUAUUAGAAUCCUCCCAUGCAAGUAACCAGAAGAGCACCAGUGUAGUGGUAGCAUCCAGGUAGCUGGCGAUUGAUGUCAUACUUUUGAAUUUUUGAAUCAUGCUGGACGUUCUACCACAUGAAUCUAUGAAUGUUACAAUCAAUCAGCAUCCUGUACAGAAGAACUUUGAAUCAAUAAAAAUCAUGCUAUCUGAA